CUCUCCAGAUUUAUUCAGACAUCGAACGUCGUCGAGAAAACACGUCUAUAGUCUUCCGACAAAUCGAGCGCGUCGAUCGCUAAAGAAUUUCAAAGUUUGCCGAGUGCGUGUGUGAUUCAUAUAUGUUACAAUACAUUCAAGCGUUACAAAUGCGUCGCUUAGUGUGAAAAAUACUUCGAAAAAUAUAAUAAGUUAAAAACAAGAACAGAAGGACUUCCCUGAGGAUUACAAAAAACCAAAAACAGAAAACCGUGUUUAGCCCCCAAAGAAAAAGGCCGCCAACAUAGCCGAACUAACCGCCGUAUUUAUGACUAAGAUGAUUCCGCCGGUUCCCACCGCCGCUGCAGCCGUCAUGAUGCCCACGCCCAAGCAGAAGAUCGGAUUCAGCAUCGAGUCCAUUGUGGGCAACGAUGUCAGCACUGCCGCCGGCAAUUCGACGCCCACCGACAACGGGCCGUCCAGUCCGCCGCCCGGCGAGCGGAAUGUGCCCGGUUCGCCGCCCCAAACGCCGCCGGCCAGCCUUACCCUGAUACCGGGCUCACCUCCACACCACCUGAUGGCUCCUCCCGCCCAUGGGUUGCCCUAUCCGCAUCCGCAGCAGCAGCACUUGCCACCGCAGCCACAUCCGCAUCCGCAUCUCUCGCCCGCCCAGCAGCACGUUCUGCACCAGCAUCUGCUCAUGCAACAGCAGCAGCAGCAUCCCGGCACUCCCAAGAGCCACCAGGACAUCCAGGAGCUGCUCCAGCGACUGCACCACAAUGCCGCCAUGGCCAGCGGAUUGAGUCCGCUGCAGACACGCCUCUCGCCGGAGGCGGAUCAGCCCAAUCCCGUACCGGUUUCCCUCAAGCGCGAGCGAUCACCUGCACCACCUUCGAUGGAACAGGCGGAGAAUCCUGCCCAGCGCAUCCAGCCACCGCACACUCCGCCGAAGUCUGUGAGCCCCCAAUCCUCCCAGCCAUCGUCGUCUCCCACCCUGCUCAUCAGCAGUCCGCAUGCCACGCCCCCGCAGCAGCAGCAACCGCAACAGCCGCCCAACUACCCAAAGCCCGCCAUGAUGCAUCCCGGAGGAGCGGGACCCGGCAUGAUGAUGCCAGGAAUGCCGCCAGCGGGACUCGUGCGUCCCUUCCCCAUGGGACCCGGUGGACCGCCGAUGCCGCAGGGACAGCCGGGAAUGCCGGACAUCAAGGCCCUGCCGCCGUACAUCAAUGCACCGCCAGAGCUGCCGCCCCAACACAAUCCGCAUCUCAUUGCCGCCGCCCAGUUCCAAAUGGCCGCCGCCCUGCAGGCGGGACAUGUCCUUGGACCCGCUGCCGCCGCCGCUGCUGCCGCCGGUCUGCCGCCCCACGCCGCCCAGUUUAUGCCCAAUCCUGGAAUGGCCAGGGAGAGCUAUCAGCUGUAUCCUUGGCUGCUGAGUCGCCACGGAAGGAUCUUCCCGCACCGUUUCCCUGGAAGCUUCCUAGUGCCCCCGUUCCGCAAACCGAAGCGCAUCCGCACCGCCUUCUCGCCCUCGCAGCUGCUGAAACUGGAGCACGCCUUCGAGAGCAACCAGUACGUGGUGGGGGCGGAGCGCAAGGCCCUGGCCCAGAACCUCAACCUCUCGGAGACGCAGGUGAAAGUGUGGUUCCAGAACCGCAGGACCAAGCACAAGCGGAUGCAGCAGGAGGACGAGAAGGGAGGAGGCGAGGGCUCGCAAAGGAAUAUGCACAACGGCAGUGGCGACGAGGACGACGACGAGCUCAUCGACAUGGAGAUGGACGAAUGCCCCAGCGACGAGGAGCACGAGCUGGACGCCAGUCACUAGAAUCCAGGAGAGAAAUCCUGCGGCGGUCCGUGAGUUCCUUAACUUGGCAAACGAAAAAGUCCAGUUCCAGUUUUCGAGGGUUCCCAGUCGAACUUCCACGAAAGUAACAUAGUUUGUUUUGUUGUGAUAUAUUCUUAGAGCGAUCUUAAGGCGUUAGGCUAUAACCUGUACAUAGGAAAGUAUUAGUUUCCACCUCCCUCUCUCAAGAUCCGUGCCAAAUCCUUGCGAAGAACCGAGGUUGAGUAGAGCUCAAAGAAAGCAAGUUGUUUCCUCUAUCUUUCCAAAAUAUCUGUUUAAAAAAAAAAAACACUUAAAAAAGAAUCUUAGGCUAGACACAAACUAUAACUGUACAAAUUUAUUGGUUUAAGCGUGUAAAUAUUCAUGACAAGCAUUACUUUUAAUUAGUGAAUUUCUCCAGAACAAAUCGUACUCAAGCCACUACCUAUUGUAUAAUUCUUGUAUAUUGUAUGACGAUCUAGCAUUUAUUUAUGUUUAGUGUUAAGCACGAACCUCUAGAGUCGCUCAACUGCAGCUGGAUAUUAUUUAAACCCGUUUAAUACGUAGCCCUAGUUGCUAGUAACUAAUUCCUAAGCCAAGACAACAUUAAUGUAAGAAGUACGCAAAAAUAUUAUCAUAUAAAAUAUAAAAUAUUCAUUAU